CGCAUGCGUCAAUUUAGAAGCUACUUUUCUUGUGGUUCUGUCAAUGAUUCCUGUCAAGUGUUUAUUUUCGAGCGAUCAAAUUUCAUUCCUAGAUUGAAAUCAAACCCUUAAGGACAUGGAUGGAAACUCUAGAUUACAUGUCCGGUUCGACAAAAUCCUGAUCUUUUUGAAUCUUGUGUUUUGUACCUUGAUCAGCCUAUCCAGCUCGUGUCCAAGUCCUUGUGUAUGUGGAUUUCAAAGUGGAUCUAAAUGGAUUGAAUGUGUUGGUGCGAAUUUUACAACUCUGCCUAACGAUAUACCACUAGAUACAAAUUUAAUGUUUUUGACGAACACCAAAAUUACCAGCUUUUCUGCAAAUGCUUUCUCAAAAUUAUCACAUCUCGUAAAAAUUGAAUUGUUACAAAAUAAAAUAGAAAAUAUUACAGAUGGAGUUUUUAAUGGCCUAUCAAAGUUAAAGACAUUAAAUCUACCAAAUAACGGAAUAAGAAGAAUAUCUAGUAAUGCAUUUGGUGGGUUAACUACUCUGACCAAAUUGUCACUGUCAGACAACAAGCUAACGAGUCUACCCGAAGAUAUGCUAAAAGACCAGGCGAAUUUAAACACACUUCACCUUAAUGGCAACAAUCUUACAAGGAUUUCCAGCGACAUGCUACGCAAGCAAACUAAGCUUGCAAUUCUAUAUCUAAACAAAAACCAAAUACAAAGCAUAGAAGACAAAGCUUUCGAGUCAGCAGGAAAGACCCUUCUUAUGGUUAACCUUGAAAACAACAGGCUAACGUCUUUGCCCAGAGCGCUUAACGGUAUAAAAAGUGCGCAAUUAAUACAAAUAGGUCUUGGUAACAACCUCAUCACACUGAUCCCACAAGAAGCAGAACCAUUUUUUGAACGAGUGAAAAAUUCCCAAGGCAAAAUAUCCCUUUCUGGUAAUCCAUUGGUGUGUACGUCGGGUCUUCAAUGGCUGCAGACUUGGAUCAAACAGAACAAGAAACAUGUGCAAGACUACGAUGAAGUGAUGUGUGCUAAAGUGGGUGGCAACACAACCAAACUAAUAGACUAUAACUUCAACAGUACAGUUUUUCCCGAGACAACAGCACCAACUACGACAUCAACAAGCACAACAACAGCACCAACAAGUACGAUACAAAUAACCACAAUACUACCUUCUACACACACGUCACCACUAACAACACUAAAACCACAAACAACUGUAUCGACACAACCCAUAACAACAACAACCAAACUGUUAACCGAUUGGCUUACGAGUACUUCCCGAGUGAUGUCAAUAACCGAGGCAUUGACGAGAGCUACCGACGUCAUAACGAGAAAAUCCCCAAACGUUAAGAGUACUCAAGAAAUGCCAGCCAGUGGAUCAGCGUCUUCUGCUAACAUAACCCAUAAUAUUUUUACCAACCCAACACCAAAGACAGACGAAGCGGACAUGACAGCCCUCAAAAGAAAUAAAUACAUCAUCCUGGCCACGUGUUUGUCAGCCGCCUUCAUUGGCCUCGUCGUAUUCGUAGCCAUGUAUUGUUUCCAAAGCAAAAUUGUUAAGAGAGACAAAGUGUUGACCACAAGGUAUGAUAGAGUCAGAAUAGUCUAGUAGGGACAGUGAAUGGCUUCAAGAUCAAAGGAUAUUGAAGAAACAUGCCGUAUGUUAUUACCGGGUUUCAAACUGCUGAUAAAGUUUUUUGAGCCUCAUUAUCUGCUCCAAGUGGUGGUCAAACACUGACCACCAAGUGCUGUCAGCCAGAAAGAAUUCUAUCGAAAACGUACGACCAGAUUCAGCUGAUGAACAUAUCGGAGACAGGAAAUGACGUCAAAUGAAACCACUCAACAAAGAACCAACAUGUACAUAGACUAAUAGAGUGUUUAACUGAUGUAGGUUGUGGUCACGUGACGACUUUCGGUCACGUGGUUUCUUUCCCUUCGAAAAAUUUUAGAAAGUGUGCUUCAAAAGCACUUUUAAACAAGAAAGGUAUAACAAGUUUUUAUUUCAUUUGAAACCUAUGCUUUAGCUUCAAAAAUAUCAAUAGUAAAUUAUUUAAGAAAUUAAGAUUUUAAACUCAAGCGGGGAUUGAGUUAAAGAUAGACCUUUAAAUACCGUUUACAAAACGUGGCUUAAAAAGGUUUUAUAUAAUUGAUUGGCAAAAUUCGAUAUUUUUAUACUUCAUGUAUGUAGAAAACGUUUAGAUCUUCUUGAAUUUUUUUAUAUUUUUCGAGCUUUUUUAAGUUUAAAAUUUUUUACGAAACUUAUAAAAUGAUAGGUAUUAGUUGGGGUCGCGGUUUCGUUCAUCUUUCAUACAAAAAUAAACAAAUUUUUGACUGUGGGCUCGACUUUAAAUACAGUCGUUAAAAAGACAUGCUUCAGGUCCAUAAUGCAUUGUGGCCUUGGUAUGUGGUCGUUAUCAUUUUUUAUCUUUAGAGUUUUCAGAUGUUUACGUAUUGAUUAUCAAAUAUCUAUAAAUAUUGUUAUAAUGGUAUAUUUUUGAUAUUUUUAUAACUUUCAUAAUAAAAACUGCUUUUUUUCA